AUGACAAAGCUUUUUGCAAUCCUCAUUUUCAUGCUUAGCUUUCUCACCCUCCGAACCGAAUCAACCAUUACUAUCAGCGAGCAUUACUGCUCGAAUUCGAGCAAUUACACUAUGAAUAGCACCUACGAGGCGAACCUCAACCUUCUCCUCGAGUCACUCCCCUCUCACACCAACUCGAGCAACGGAUUCUUCAACACGAACACGAGCACGGGGGAUCCAAGCGACGCCGACGCUGUGUAUGGCCGAUUCCUAUGCAGGGGAGAUGUCCCCAAGGAAGUGUGCAUGGAAUGUGUGAAAGCUGCUAGUGUCAGUAUCAAAGAGAAAUGUCCUAUGGUCAAAGCGUCCAUCCUCUGGUACGACGAGUGUAUGUUGCAGUAUUCUUACCGUCACUUCUUUCUAGCCACGGACAAAGUGCCUAUUCUGCGAAGUUAUAAUCCGCGGAAUGUGCACGAGCCCGCCAAGUUCAUGAAGCUGUUGGAAAAAACAAUGAAGCAACUGAGGACUCGGGCCGCUAAAAGAUUCGAUAAGAAGUAUGCUUCCAAAGAGGUCCCCUUCAAAGAAUUAAGCCGCGCUACUCUAUAUACGUUUGCCCAGUGCAGGCCUGAUCUGUCGGCGGCUCUCUGCGAGGAUUGCCUGCAGAAUGUGACUUCGAUUCUCCUGGCAAAUCAAACCGGGAAAAUCGGGGGCAGAAUCUUGCUUCCGAGUUGCUUCGCCAGGUUCGAGAUAAACCCGUUCUACUUCGUCGAAAAGAAGAGGCAUUCUUCAUCAAGAUUAAUUAUCGGGAUCACUUCUGCUACUUUGGCGGUCGUGCUACUUUGCGUCCCGCUCUGGUUUGCCCUCAAAAGAGAAAGGAACAAGAGAAACAAUGUCGACGAAGAUCCGAUUGUUGGUAGCGAAAUUUCGGAACUAUAUUCCCUGCAAUUUGAUGUGGGCGGAAUUAAAGCUGCCACAGCUUACUUCUCAGAUCACAACAAAUUAGGGGAAGGCGGAUUCGGUCCAGUUUAUAGGGGUACGCUCCCUUGUGGUAGGAAAAUUGCGGCAAAAAGGUUGUCUCAAAGCUCGAAGCAAGGCGUGCAGGAAUUCAAAAACGAAGUCGAAUUGGUAGCCAAGCUUCAGCACCGAAACCUAGUGAGGCUACUAGGAUAUGCCAUGGAAAGAGAAGAAACGAUACUAGUCUAUGAAUACGUGCCCAACGGAAGCCUCGACCAGUUGCUCUUUGGUUCACGCCUCUCUCUUCAUCUUCUUUAA